AUGACAGGUUGCUUUGAAGAAAGUGCAAUGAUCGAAGAAUAUGUUGAUGAAUUACUCAAUACAUUUCGAACUCCAUUUUGGCUCGAUGAAUGUGACUGUUCAAUAAGAGGUAUUCGUAGUCAACAAAUUAUUAAUCUUCGUCGUAAACAUAAAAAAACUCUUUUAAUUCAAACAAUAAUAUUUUAUUCAAUAUGGCUUGUAUUAUGGAGUCCAAAUAUGCUGGCUUUUCAAUUUAUUAAUGUUAAUACUCAACUUGGCAUUUAUAUUUCUUUGCUUAAUUAUAUAGAAAUAACAAUAGAUCCAAUUUUUGUCGCUGUACUCGACAUUCGUUAUUUUCAAUCAUGGAAAAAAAUAUGGCGUAAUAUAAAAAGAUAUCGACAAAGAGCUGUUGUUGCAGCGUUGUAA